AUGCCUCCAAAUAGGACCUACUCGUCGUCUGUCUGCUCUCAUUUACCAGACACUCUGUUGGGAGGACUAUUUCGUGCCGUGCCGUGCCGUGCCGUUGUAGAAAUCCGUCUGGUCCCCAAACCUCACUUGACAAAACACACAAGCCAGUUCCUCUCGGAUGCGUCAGCCGGUCCACCUUUGCCUAUACAGCGGAAGCCUAAUCAGAUUACCAGAACGGUGUGGGGUCAUGCACAAGCGAUUGGGACCCUGAAGUUGGAUGUGGGCAGAAAAUGGACAGGGCCGGAAGCUCCUCCCUCGUCGCCGUCACCUUCCGCUGCCUCGCUCUCUUUUCGGUUAGCCUCAAUCUUCUACUACAGACCCGUCCGCUUGCAGUUGCAGGCUGAAAAGACCUUAUCAUCUGCCCUCUUACAGCAUCAACUGGACACGCUUCGCUAUUACUUUUGA